AUGAGUCUGCCGGGAAACAAAGCCAUGCUCGACGAUGAUUUCGGCCAGCUUUACUCGCUCAUCGGCAAUCCAAAGCCCAAGGUGCCCUUGGAUCUGGACCUCCUCCAGAUCACAAAGACCCCGACCGCCGAAUCCAUCCGCUCUGUGCACACCGAUCUUUCGACUUCCACCAGCUGCUCGACCGAAGCCACUUCGCCGACGCACACCAUCCCGCCGACGCACCCCACCAUCUCGAUCGUCAUCCCUACAAGCACCACGUCCUCGGGUCCGUCCACCCCCUUCACCUUUGUCAUGCGAACUCUCCCUUUAAAGACCCCGGUCGAAGCCGAAACGCCCAACCCCUUUAGUGGCCCCAUACCUUCAACACCCGUCGCUCCCGUCAAUAGCGCAGGAGCCUCACCCGCCAUCGCCUCGACAACUUUCGAGACCAAAACCGCCUUGCUGCCAUCGUCCGCCAGCGUUCGUAGCAGCAUGCGUCCGGUGGAUGGCUUUAUGGAGCCCUCGGCGUCGCUCGGGUCGACAGUGCGGUCGCCUCCAGCGCAGGCCUCCUUGCCUAUUGCCCCUCCGCGCAAGUCCCUCGAUAUCCCGCCUCCGCGCAAGUCCUUUGAUGUCUCGGGCUCGUAUCAGCCUGACGGCUUUGGCUCGCGCACCAUCUACCGACGCCAUCCGACCCCCAGCAUCGUCAGCAUUGACCACGGCCCCGCCUCGGCGCCAAUCUUGGCUCCGCAAACGUCCCAGCCGUCACCGUAUACCCGAGUUGGUGUUUCGCUUGAUCUGCCACGGAACGCUCCCGAGAACACGGAGGCCGCCGCCGCCAACGUCAAGCACGAUCCCACGCGAGUUCCUCUCAAGAAUGUCUUGGGAACCAUGAGCGUCCGGCUCCUCCAAGGCCGUUGA